CAAGUGAGACUACCACUAAGUUUGUAAAUAGUCCGAGCUGUCACCUUUUAACAGAUUGCGUCCAGAUUUCUCUCACGGUUCGCACAGCUAUGCAGUUCUAGAAUGUCUUACAAAACUGUCGGAGUCCUGGGUCGCGCUCUUCUGCAAAGUGGCAACAGGACACCACCUCUUGUGAGGUCCAGAAAACUCCAGAAUUAUUCCAGUAAAUGUUCCUCCUGCGGUGUCACUAACCAAGAAGGGAAACAUAAAGAGACGAGUGGUAAGCCAUGUCCAUCGGGUCCACCGACCGUCCCCGCCGUCCACAGGCAUCCAGUGGGCGGCAAAAAGCGCACCGAGGAGAAGCUGCUUUUAUCAGGAAGGUCCUACUCUUCAACCGCCCUCAAGGUAGACCAGAGGGCCUACCUGUGGGCUAGAUACAAUGAGAUGAAACGUCUGGUACAUGACCUGCUCCCUCCUGGUGUGUGUUCGGUGCUCAACUCCUCCACCAUCUACGCCAACAACGAGGUGAGCCUGGCCGAAGUGGACAUCUACGGUUUCGACUACGACUACACACUGGCGCUCUACUCCAAUGCCCUCGACUCCAUGAUCUACACUAAAGCACGAGACUUCCUCAUCGAGCACUACAAGUACCCUGAAGGCAUCAGAAAAUAUGACUACAUUCCUAACUUUGCCACUCGAGGUCUUCACUAUGAUAUUCAGAAGGGUCUUCUGAUGAAGAUAGAUGCCUUUCACUAUAUUCAGCUAGGAACAGUUUAUCGUGGUCUGAGGCCUGUCCCUGAUGAGGAAGUACUGCAGCUGUAUCAGGGCACCCAUCAUGUCCCCCUGAACCACCUCAGCGGCUUCUAUGGCAAGGGCCCAAACGUGAAGCAGUUCAUGGACGUCUUCUCCCUGCCAGAGAUGACCCUGCUGGCCGUGGCCAAUGAUUACUUCCUCUCCAGCAACAUCGAGUACGACCCUGUCCACCUCUACCGAGACGUGUCGGAAGCUAUUGGAAUGGUGCACAUUAAAGGCUACAUGUAUAAGUGGAUCAUGCAGGACUUGGAAAAGUAUAUCUUAAGAGGAGAGGAGACAUAUGCUGUCCUACAUCGUCUGGUCAGCGAUGGGAAGAAGCUUUUUCUCAUCACCAAUAGUCCCUUCAGCUUUGUUGAUAAGGGCAUGACGUACAUGGUGGGCAAAAACUGGAGGGACUUCUUUGACGUGGUCAUCGUUCAGGCAGACAAGCCCCAUUUCUUUAACGACUGUGUCAAGCCAUUCAGGCGUUUGGAUGGCAACGGGGACCUUCAGUGGGACAAGAUUACCAGCCUGGAUAAGGGGCAGGUGUACAAACAGGGGAACCUCUUUGAUUUCCUCAAACUUACAGGCUGGAGGGGGUCGAGAGUUCUGUACUUUGGUGACCAUCUCUACAGUGACCUGGCGGACCUGAUGCUUCGUCAUGGCUGGCGUACAGGAGCCAUUGUGCCAGAGCUGGAGCUGGAGACCAAGGUGGUGAACACGGAGCAGUAUGCCCAGAGCCUCACCUGGCUGCAGGCCCUCACUGGCCUGCUGGAACGCAUGCAGAUGCAUCGGGACCCUGAUUCUAGAGAGGUCCUCCUGGAGUGGAUGCAAGAAAGAGAGGAGCUACGGCAAAAGACGAAGAACCUGUUCAACCCCCAGUUCGGCAGCAUCUUCCGCACGUGCCACAACCCCACGUACUUCUCGCGGCGCCUGUGCCGCUUCUCCGACCUCUACAUGGCGUCGCUGAGCUGCCUGCUGAACUACGACCUCUCGUACACCUUCUACCCGCGCCGCACGCCGCUGCAGCACGAGGCGCCGCUGUGGAUGGACCAGCUCUGCACCGGCUGCAUGAAGACGCCCUUCCUGGAGGAGAUGGCCCACAUCCGGUAGACGUCCGCCACCGACCAGAGGCCGAGCACUCCGGCUCGAGAGAGUAAAAGUCCUGGGAAAUUCCAAGGAAAAUUUACUUUUUUGUCACGUCCAUAACGCCAAUGAAAUGUCUUGGUAUUUGUAUGAUGUGAAUGAUAACUUUACUUUUUUUGUGCAUUUUUCUCAUGUACAUUCUUCAGCCAAAAACUGCAAAUGCUCAAAUUGCUUGUAAUCAUUCACAUCAUCAUACCACACUAUCACAUUUUAUUGGUGUUGGGGUGUGACCUCACCAUGUACUGUAUACACUAUAUUGUCAAAAGUAUUGGGUCAUAUAUUGUGGGCCACUUCGUGUUCCAACAUGAUUGUGCACCAGUGGUCCCCGUGACAUGGAUGUGGAUGUGGAUGUGGAGUUUGGUGUGGAUGAAAUUGACUGGCCUACACAGAGUCCUGACCUCAACCCAAUAGAACACCUUUGGGAUGAAUGAGAGCCAGUCUCAAUCAGUGUGUGACCUGACAAAUACGCUUCUGGAAGAAUGGUAACUCCCCCCCCCCCCCC